AUGGCAACCUCUGGAGAAUCUAAAUGUCUAGGAUGCGAGCAGACGGUCAACUCUGCAGAGGAGAUCCAGUUCAACAGAAGAAGAUUCCAUAAAAGAUGCUUCGUCUGUGUGGACUGUCAAAAGAGUCUGGACGGAAAGACGGCCAAAACGCACCCAUCUGGGGUCCACUGCCAGUCCUGCUACACAAGAAAAUUUGGGGAGAGCAAUGACCCCAGCGCCAAAGGAGCUAAUAAGUUCUCUCAGAAGUUCGGAGGUUCUGACCGAUGCCCGCGCUGCUCUAAAGCAGUCUACGCUGCAGAGAAAGUGAUGGGAGGAGGGAAGUCCUGGCAUAAAACCUGCUUCCGCUGUGCCAUGUGUGGGAAAAGCCUGGAGUCCACGACAGUGACUGACAAGGACGGAGAGAUCUACUGCAAAGUUUGCUACGCCAAACACUUUGGCCCAAAAGGAUUUGGACUGGGGAACGCAGCCAUGCUGGAGCAGCGUGAGUGA